GGAAUGGAAUUCAGGUCCACGCCUCUGAUCGUCAUCCUCUGAUGGACGGGAAGGAAGAGGCGGAUUGUGCUCUCCAUUCAUUUGGCGGUGACUCCGCUCUCCCCAACACUAUGGCCAAAGGGGAGCGCAGCGCUGAGAGCCACUGCCGACAAAUCGGUCUGUUACACAGAGCCCCGUCUGCGGACAACGCUCCUCUCAAACAGAGGGAAGUUAAGAAGAAUCUGUCGGUGUGCAGUAAGCUAUGUUACGCCGUAGGCGGUGCUCCCUACCAGAUAACUGGAUGUGCCAUUGGCUUCUUCCUGCAGAUUUACCUCCUGGAUGUAGCCCAGCUUGACCCGUCCUCUGCCUCCUUGAUCCUAUUCAUCGGCAGAGCAUGGGACGCCAUCACAGACCCUACCAUCGGAUUUUUCAUCAGCAAAAGUAAAUGGACGCGAUUUGGAAGAUUGCUGCCCUGGAUUAUCUGCUCCACACCAUUUGCAGUUGCCUCGUACCUCCUCCUGUGGUACGUCCCGGAUAGUAAUGUGUCAGAGAUGGGAAAGAUCUUCUGGUACCUCAUCUUCUACUGCUCGUUCCAAACGAUGCAGACGUGCUUUCAUGUUCCGUACUCAGCCCUUACGAUGUUCAUCAGCCCAGAUCAAAAGGAAAGGGAUUCUGCCACAGCUUACCGUAUGACGGUGGAGGUGCUGGGAACUGUCUUGGGGACCGCCAUCCAGGGUCAGAUUGUCGGUCAGGCUGGUGCCGCUUGCCUUCAGAAUCACCGCUACAUGGUGCAGAAUGGCUUCAACACUUCACUGCCAACUGCGGACGUCAACACCACACUCUACAACCAAAGCACCUCCAUCGACCAACUGAAACAAGCGUAUUUGAUAGCAGCUGCCGUGAUUGGUGGUGUGUACAUCCUGUGUGCCAUCAUUCUGUUUGCUGGCGUCAGGGAGAGAGAGGAGCCCUGUUACAAGAAGAUGCAGAAAUCGUACUCCUUUUUCAAGGGCCUGAAACUUGUCAUGAGCUACGGACCUUAUGUGAAGCUAAUCAUUGGUUUUCUCUUUACAUCGUUGGCUUUUAUGCUUCUGGAGGGGAAUUUUGCCCUGUAUUGUUCCUACACAUUGGGCUUCCCCAAAGACUUCCAGAAUAUUCUCCUGGUAAUCAUGCUUUCAGCGACCCUGACCAUCCCGUUCUGGCAAUGGUUUCUGACGCGAUUUGGGAAGAAAACGGCCGUGUAUUUUGGCAUCCCGUCAGCCGUCCCAUUCCUCAUCCUGAUCAUCCUGGUCAAGAGGAACCUGAUCGUGGCUUACGUCGUCUCCUUCGCCUCCGGAGUGAGUGUGGCCGCCGCUUUCCUCUUGCCGUGGUCUAUGUUACCGGAUGUUGUCGAUGACUUUAAACUGAAGAACCCGGACUCGAUAGGACACGAAGCGAUAUUUUAUUCCUUCUACGUCUUUUUCACCAAGUUUGCCUCUGGGAUCUCCCUCGGCAUCUCCACCCUCAGCCUCGACUUUGCAGGCUACCAGACCAGGGGGUGCACCCAGCCCGAUGCUGUGCACCUCACCCUGAAGAUGUUGGUCGCCCCGGCACCCGUUUUCCUCAUUGUCAUCGGCGUCAUUCUCUUCAAACUCUACCCCAUCGACGAAGAGACGAGGAUGAAGAACAGAAAAGCUUUGGAGGAUUUACGAGACAAUGGGCAAGACUCUGAAACAGACUUGUAUGAACUUGGCAGCAGUGUAUAACAAACACCAGAAUGUUUACGUGUUUUAAAAUUCUGAGCUCAGGAGUUCUGGACAGUGAGCGUGAGACUGAAACAGGAAUUAACAUGUUCCCUGUCUCUGUGCCGUGCAGCCUCUCCUCUACAGCGACAUCAAUCAAGACUUGACAGAUGAACCUAACUAAUGCUUUUUCAGGAGUAAUAAUCCCAUCAAAAAAAAAUAAUAAUUUAGUCACUCAAUCCAUGACUGUUUGUGGGACGCUGCUGUGCGCAAUUGGUUGCCGCGUUUCGCCCAUAAAAACACACAGUCCACUACACUUUACAGUAUAUUUUGUGAAGCGCUUUGAGACGUCUCAACGACGUGAUAAAACGCAAAAUCAAAUGCAAGUAUUAUUAUAACUAAUCAUUGAAUAACACAAUUACUGUCAAUCAUUGAGCUCAGGAUUGGUAUACAGGGUACAUUACACUAAUGAAAGUAAAUAUUGUGUCUUUGUGUUUGAUUUGUAAAUUAAAUGUUAAUUUAGAGAAAUGUACAGGUGACUUUAAUGGUGUAAAUUUGUAUAAUUUCUAAUUGACUGUAUAUUGUAAAUUAAUUAGCUGUGUUAAUAAAAAAAAGCUCUCCAAAUUGUUUUAGGAGGCAAAUGCAGGACCGUUAAAUAGCUAAUAUCUGAGCAGAAAGAUCAAGAUUUAACACCAAACUUAGUUAGUGGGUUAAAUGUGGAGUCCUGUAACCCGGGUUAGAGCA